AUGUUUGGCGAUAUGGAUUUGGAUCAAAAUCCUAUUCAGAUUCUGAAUGGACUGCAAGCGCGCGCUCCGCCUGAAUUACAAGAAUAUUUUACUGUAUUUGAAGACCUUUACGAAAGGAAGAAAGUACUUUGGCAUCAAUUGACACUAAAAAUUACAGAGUUUUUUGAGAAUCCUGCUUCUGGACGUUUUCAAAUAACUCUUUUUCAACACUUCAUUUCUGAUUGGGAGAGUAAAAUGAAUAAAUUAAAACUUGUUACUUUAGGAUUAAGUGCGGCCAAACAAUAUACUGAUUAUAAUGCUGCGUUAGCUUUCCUCACUUCGCUUGUUGAAAAAGUGGACACACCGCAAACUCAAGAUGCUUAUGUGCACGCCGUGAUGGAAACAGCCUACUUUAAAUUGUUGUUACGUGAUUUAGAGGGGACGAAAACGGCGAUGGAUCAAUGCGAGAAAAUAUUGGAUACUUUCGAUUCUGUCGAGACUGUUAUUCACGCGAGUUUUUAUCGUGUGUGUGCAGACUUCUACAAGGCCAAAGCUGAAUAUGCAGAGUAUUAUAAGAAUGCUUUAUUGUAUUUGGCAUGCAUUAAUCUCGAAAACUUAACAACGGAAGAUAAAGUGGAGAGAGCUUAUGAUUUAGCGAUAAGUGCACUUUUAGGAGAUACGAUCUAUAAUUUUGGUGAAUUGCCAUUAUUACAGGAAAGUAUUGACUUUUUGCGACAAAAAAUCUGUUUAAUGUCAUUGAUUGAAGCAGUCUUCAAAAGAAGUUCUGAUAAUCGAACUAUCCCUUUUGGGGAUAUCGCAGCUGAAACGAGAUUACGCGUUGAUGAGGUUGAAUAUCUCGUAAUGAAAGCGCUUUCACUUAAACUUUUAAGAGGAUCGAUAGAUCAAGUUAGUGAGGUGGUGGUAGUAAAUUGGGUACAACCGCGUGUAUUGGGGCUUGACCAGAUUGAUGGGAUGAGACAACGUUUGCAAGAAUGGGAUGAGAAUGUGAAAAAGACUGCAUUAUUAGUGGAGAAUGAAACUCCAGAGUUAUUUGUACAAUGA